AUGUCUUGGGAUUCACUAUCAGACCAGCUCAACCUCGACAGGGUUGCUUUAUCAACUGGGGGAUCUGACGACCACGAUCGGUCUUCACGCCAUCCGCUGCCACCUAGGCACACAGAAGGGAGGAGUGCGCCGAGAAACAGUGCACCACAAGACGAAGAGGAACAAAGCGGGGAUGAGAAAUGGGAGGACGCCCAGGAAACAAUCGUACUAGGGAAGGAUGACGAUGUCGCGGCAUCAUCUUCUUUAGAUCCUGAAGCGAAGGUAGCUGAGCUCUGGGCAUGGAUAGACGCAGCCGACAAAUUGAAAGAAGAGGGGAACAAAUUGUUUCGGGAAUCCAACUGGCCGCAAGCCAUAUUCCACUAUGAGGAAGGCAUCCGAAUAUUACCCCCUCGCCCCGUUGCGUCGACAUCUCAAGAAAAAGAUAGGGCUCCAGAUGACACAGGCGAAGAGUUGUCUCCUUCCCCUUCAGCGCCUGAACAAGCAAGCGCCAACCCCCCCGAGGACAAUACAAGAGAAUCAGAGGAUGAGCCCCUGACGCUAGCUGAGAAGCAAUGUAGCAUCAUACGAUCAAUGCUGAACUCCAACAUUGCAGCCUGUCAUGUUAAGAUGGGGAAUCACCCAGAAGCUGUCGCAUCGUGUACAGAAUCGUUGCUGGAUGUGCCCACAUACAGCAAGGCACUUCACCGGCGAGCGACGUCUAACGAAGUGAUAGGGACAUGGACGGCUCUGUCUCAAGCAGACAAAGACUAUAAGACUCUCCUCGAAACUCUGCCUGCGAACUCCCCGCUUCUGCCAAAUGUCCGCAUCGCAUCACGGAAGCUCAGUCCGCGCUUGGAACAACAGCAGAAGAAAGAAAUGAAUGAGAUGCUGGGUAAGCUGAAGGAGGUUGGGAAUACUAUGCUUGGUCAUUUUGGGCUUUCAACGGACAACUUCCAAUUCACUCCCAACGGGCAAGGCGGAUACUCGAUGAAUUUUGUUCAGAAAUGA